GAUCUCCUUCCGAAAACAUCCUCACAGAAAACCAACAUCCAAAUCAAUCUCUUCCAUAACCUUAUUUCAACCCAAUCACACAAACAUCCCCCACUAACUAUCCAACAUGAGCGACGAUAACAGCCCCGUCACCGCGUACCCCGCGACUUCUAUCACAGCGCAAAACCAAGAAGGUGGCCCUGGCCUCGAUGCCAGAAUGGAGCAAAAAGCAGAAUGGUCGCGCCUUGAAUUCUGGGACGACAACCAGAAGCCGUAUCUCAAAGAAUACGAAGGCCGCGGCCUGCUCCAAGGCAAAGCAGCGCUAAUCACUGGCGGUGACUCUGGUAUCGGACGCGCAGUCGCCAUUUUGUUUGCAAGAGAAGGCGCAGAUGUAAGCAUUGUAUAUCUGCCCGAGGAAGAAGAAGACGCCCAAUACGUCAAGAAGAAGAUUGAAGAGGCGGGCCGCAAAGCCAACCUCAUGCAACUCAACCUGCGGGAGCGCAAGAACUGCGAGCAAGCCGUUGAGCAACACAUGAAAGUAUUUGGCAAACUGAAUGUGCUAGUCAAUAAUGCCGCAAUGCAAGAAAUGGCUACCGACAUCACCGAAAUCGAUCUGGACGUCACAGAGAAGACAUUCCAGACAAACGUCAUUUCCAUGUUCGCAAUGAGCAAGUACGCGCUCAAGCACAUGAAGCGUGGCGACAGCAUCGUAAAUAGCACUUCAGUUGCUGCGUACAUGUCAAAUCCCACACUCCUCGAUUACGCAUCUACCAAAGGCGCAAUCGCAACCUUCACAAGGGGUCUGGCACAACAGCAGGCGCCCAAAGGAAUCAGAGUCAACGCAGUUGCGCCUGGAAUUAUAUGGACCCCUCUCCAGCCAGCAACGAAAGGCAACCCUGCAGAUGCAAUGGAGUCGCUUGGGGUUGGUGCUUGUCCACUGAAUCGGCCAGGCAUGCCUGUUGAGAUGGCUACGUGCUAUGUGCAUCUUGCGUCGCCGUUGGGAUCGUACUGCACGGGCGAGGUAUUGCAUGGCUCGGGCGGCAUCGAGAUGCAGGGGUAAGGGGCUGGAUAAAAGCAAAGGCCAUGAUUGUGUGAGAGGGGUAUCAUCGUUGUGACAAUGAGAUCGUGUAUCAGAUGAAGAUUAUGGAAUGUAAUUGAUGGAUGCAUGAUUUCAGUAUGUAAUUUACACACCAAAAUUUCCUACAAGUCACAUAUUCCAUGUUCUCGCAUGCCGUUGUCUAGGUCAACAAAAGAAAACAUAACUGAGUGCAAGACCA